GGCUUUGGGCUUUGGAAAGGAGGGCAUCAAUUAGAGGCCUGUAAUGGCAACCUAUACCUGUAUCACUUGCCGCGUGGCUUUCAAGGAUGCUGACAUCCAGCGUGCCCAUUACAAAACCGACUGGCACAGAUACAAUCUGAAGCGCAAGGUUGCUGACAUGCCUCCUGUCACUGCCGAGAAUUUCCAAGAGAGAGUCCUAGCGCAGAGAGCAGUAGCAGAGGAGCAGAACAAAGUCACUGCCACCUACUGCACAGUUUGCAGCAAGAGGUUCGCCACCUUCAACGCCUAUGAGAAUCACCUGAAGUCCAAGAAGCACCUGGAGUUGGAGAAGAAAGCUGUUCAAGCUGUCAGCAAGAAGGUGAAAAUACUGAAUGAAAAGAACCUGGAAAAGGGGCUUGCCCUGGAGAGUGUGAACAAAGAUGAAAUGAACACAGCUAUACAGCAAGCCAUCAGAGCUCAGCCAUCUUCAUCACCAAAGAAAACACCUUUACCUCCUAAUAAUGCAAGCAGCUCUCCAGUUCCUAUGGAAAGCACCAGUCAGUCACAGAGUAGAGUACGAUCCGAAAAACCUCCACGUCUGCAGUGGUUUGAACAACAAGCAAAGAAGCUGGCCAAAGAACAGGCCGAGGAAGAGGAGGAUACAGAAGAAGGCUGGGAAGAUAUGGAUUCUGAUGAAGAAAUUGGCUCUGAUGAAGAAAUGGGAAGUGUGGGAGAAGAAGAGGAGGAGCAGGCAGAAGCUGAAAGUGCUCCUGCUGUCGGGGCCAUUCCAGUCACGGACUGCUUGUUCUGUUCCCACCAUUCAAGAUCUCUCAUGAAGAAUGUGGCCCAUAUGACGAAAGUUCACAGUUUUUUCAUUCCAGACAUAGAGUACCUUGUGGAUCUCAGGGGACUAAUUAAGUACUUGGGAGAGAAAAUUGGUGUUGGGAAAAUCUGCAUCUGGUGUAAUGAAAAGGGGAAGUCCUUCUACUCCACAGAAGCAGUACAGGCUCACAUGAACGACAAAAGCCACUGCAAACUCUUCACAGAUGGAGAUGCAGCAUUGGAAUUUGCAGACUUCUAUGAUUUUAGGAGCAGUUACCCUGAUCACAAGGAAGGGCAAGAUGGGGAGGUGUCUGGAGAGCUUCCAGCAGAGAAAGACUUGGAAUAUGAUGAUGACACCAUGGAGCUGAUCCUUCCUUCAGGUGCCAGAGUGGGUCAUCGUUCUUUAAUGAGAUACUACAAGCAACGGUUUGGUCUGUCAAGAACGGUGGCUGUUGCCAAAAAUAAGAAAGCAGUGGGUCGUGUGUUGCAGCAGUACAAAGCUUUGGGCUGGACAAGCCAGACAGGGGCAGUCUUUGCUCAGCAGCGUGAUAUGCAGUACCUGCAGAGGAUGAAGUCAAAGUGGAUGCUCAAGACGGGAAUGAGUAACAACGCUACAAAGCAGAGGCAUUUCCGGCCACAAGUCAGAUUUUGAGUACCCCAGAGAGCUGAAUGCAGCUGGUUUUGGAAAGAGGGAUUUAAUGGUUUCUGGCUCAUGGGUUGUGUUAUUAAAAUGGAUUUGGUACCUAACAAAUGGCGGUAUGUAUGCUGGUGUGCCUCCCUGUCUAUGAGAAGAUGUCUUGCAGGGAGCUUGUCUCUUCCGCUGAAAUGAUGGUUGGCCUAACUUGAAAAAGAAAAUACCUUAAAUGGAAUACGUGGCAAAGUAAUCACAGCCAUGAAUAAGGAUGCAUAGUCUUACUGCUCAUCUUUGUGCAAUACCUUUCUGUGGGGCAGCUGAUAUUGCCAUUUGUCUGAAUACCUUCGGUUUCCAACUCCGCAAAACUUGGCUGAGGCCAAGAGAAGAUCCUUGUGCUUAGCUUAGAUUAGAUCUAAACUGGAGAUAGAGAGUAUUGAAGGUGUUUACUUGUGGUGCCAGACAUAAGUUAGCUGAGUAUUUUGGACUUCUAGCUGGCACUAUUAAGGUGGAAAUUUGAAAGCAGAGAUUCUGGGAAGGUUGAGUGAUAACUGAAGAAAUGCACUGAUGGGAAACAUAACUCCAGGAUUCAUUUUGUCUCUUGAAGUUGACUGUACUUGCUUAAUGCUCCAGUUCAGGGCUGAGUUAAUGACUUUCAACAUAAACCAAUUGCACUGUAUUUCAUGAAUUUUCAUUACUUAAAACUGCUCAAAAUUAACAUAACAUAUAGGUGAAUCUCCAUCUAAACUUCCGAUUAUUCGUUAAAAAAUUACUGAUUAAAACUCUGAAGUAACUAUUGAUGUCAGCUUUUGUUAUUCCCUUUGAGAACUUGUGUUUUAUGAUCUUGCUGAAGGAAAGUCACCUGAGACAUGUAUGGCUAGAAUGGAGUGUCCUUCCUUCCAAAAGCACACUCUCCCACUUGAGCAUGCAAACUGUUACAGACAGAUGUAGAGAAAACUUGAUUCUUAAAAAGUUCAGGCACCAGUGCUAGUGUUGGUCCUGGUAUUGUAGAUGUUAAAAAGCUUCCAUGGCGUUACCAGUUCUGAUCUUCACGUAAAGAGGUGGACAGUUACACAAAAUGUGUUGCCUAGGUCAUGAUGCUCUUGAGCUGUAUUAUGCUGGACUUACAGUGUCCACAAGACACUGUCCACAGGAAAAUUGCUGCUUGCCUGCCUAUUAGUCAUGGAGGGUAGCUGCAGCUGCUUACGGUCAAGUCACAUUUCUUCAUUUUAGAAUUGCUCUGGGCUAGUAGUGGCUUUGAUUAGCAUGAUUUUAGUAAAUUUUCUUCCUUUCCUUUGAA